UAACAUUACCUCAGUAAACGUAUAUAUGUUAGACAAAGUCAAUUGUUCGUAUUAAUUGAUGAUUAAAGAUGGCAACGGGGACUUAUGUUCGAUUAACAAAGGAACAAGAAUCCUCAUUGCAGAACAUUACUCCUGGCGAGCUUAAUCAACCCAUCGAUGUCCAAAAGCAAACAACUGCUAGAUGUGAGCAUUGUGGACAAAAUUUACCUGCAUCUUACGAACCUCCAGCUGAUGAAGAAUGGCAAACUGGAAUUUUUGGAUGUACAGAAGAUGUUGAUAGUUGUUUGCUUGGAGUAUUUUGCCCAUGUGUUUUGUUUGGACGGCACAUGGAAACGUUGAAUGAUGAGAUAUCAAGCAGAGGAGCUUGUAUUGGUCAUGUGGUUUGCAUUGAAGGUGGCAUCACUCUUGCUGCACUCACUGCAGCAUUUCAUGGCAUUGAUCCUGAUACAGCAUGCCUCAUUACUGAGGGCUUGUUAUUUACCUGGUGGGUUUGUGGUAUUUAUACUGGCAUGGCUCGUCAGAUGUUACAAAGAAAAUAUCAUCUUAAGGAUUCACCAUGUGAUCCAUGUAUGGUGCAUUGUUGUUUGCAUUGGUGUGCCUUGUGUCAAGAACACAGAGAGAUGAAGCUUCAUUUAUCGGCCAAUGAUACCCCAGCAACCACAGUUGUAGACCCACCACCAGUUCAAGAGAUGAAUGCCAGUGGAAAUGAUGAUCAAGUUGAAGCUAAUUCUUCUGGAAAAGAAAUUGUACCAUAUGAUAAUUUGGAGAUGCAAUCCUUAUAAGAAUGCUGUCUAUUUUUAUUUUUUUUUUCUUUGGCAGCGUUUUACAUUGUUUUAUAUUGAAGAAUUUAGUCAAUUUGAUAAUAAAUAGUAGUAAAAUUUUGUGACA